UGUAGCAGGGUUGUGUGUGUCUAACAAUAGCCAGGGAUUGGCAGAACGAUAGAAGAAGGGUUUGUGAAAUUGGACAGAAAGACAAAACUAAAGCUACUUGGGCGAAUGCAUGUAUGUGAGUGCUGGCAAAGAGAACGGAUCGCCAUCAGGAAUUUCUCAAACGACACGGCGAGAGCAGCAGCCGGCGUGUGAUUGGUGAAGAUGUCUGACAAUGGGGACGUCGAGGACAAGCCCCCAGCCCCGCCCAUGAGGAACACCAGCACUCUGAUUGGCUCCUGCAGCAAGGAUCCUGCCCCCCAUGGCUCCAAGCCCCUCCCUCCCAACCCAGAGGACAGGAAGAAGAAAGAUCGCUCCAUCAGGUCCAUCCUGACAGGAGGAGGAGACAAGACCAACAAGAAGAAGGAGCGUCCAGAGAUCUCUCUGCCUUCUGAUUUUGAACACACCAUCCACGUGGGCUUCGAUGCGGUCACUGGAGAGUUCACAGGCAUGCCGGAGCAAUGGGCUCGGUUGCUCCAGACCUCUAACAUCACUAAGCUGGAACAGAAGAAGAAUCCUCAGGCUGUCCUUGACGUUCUCAAAUUCUACGAUUCCAAGGAGACCAACAACAGCCAGAAAUACAUGAGCUUUACAGACAAGAGUUCAGACAACUACAGCUGUUCCAACACUGCUAGCUCCAAGGCUGUGUCAGAGACGCCCGCCAUAGCAACCGUAUCUGAGGACGAGGAUGAAGAUGAGGCCACGCCCCCUCCUGUUGUCGCUCCCCGACCAGAACACACUAAAUCAAUAUACACUCGUUCUGUGAUAGAUCCCCUCCCAGCCCCUCCCACCAGAGACGUUGCCACGUCGCCUAUCUCCCCCCCACCUCCGGAGGGCGCCACCUCCGCCAUCACGCCCCCCACUAGCCCCACCCCUAGUCCUGCCCCUGGCCCCUCCCUGCCACGCCCUGCAGACAAAACGCGCAAGAAGAAGAUGUCUGAUGAAGAGAUACUGGAGAAACUACAUGUACUCAGGUCUCCCUCUACUGGGAGUAUAGUCAGUGUGGGAGACCCCAAGAAGAAAUACACACGCUUUGAGAAGAUCGGACAGGGUGCGUCAGGUACGGUAUAUACAGCCAUAGACAUCGCUACAGGCCAGGAGGUGGCCAUUAAACAGAUGAACCUGCAGCAGCAGCCCAAGAAGGAGCUCAUCAUCAACGAGAUACUGGUCAUGAGGGAAAACAAGAACCCCAACAUUGUUAACUACCUGGACAGUUACCUGGUGGGGGAGGAGCUGUGGGUGGUGAUGGAGUAUCUGGCUGGAGGUUCUCUGACUGAUGUCGUCACGGAAACCUGUAUGGACGAGGCUCAGAUCGCUGCUGUGUGUCGGGAGUGUCUGCAGGCCUUGGAGUUCCUCCAUUUUAACCAGGUGAUCCAUCGCGACAUCAAGAGUGACAACAUCCUUCUGGGAAUGGACGGAUCAGUGAAACUCACUGACUUUGGGUUCUGUGCCCAGAUCACUCCAGAGCAGAGUAAGAGGAGCACCAUGGUGGGGACUCCCUAUUGGAUGGCUCCAGAGGUGGUGACCAGGAAGGCUUAUGGUCCUAAAGUUGACAUCUGGUCUCUAGGCAUCAUGGCUAUAGAGAUGGUGGAGGGAGAACCCCCUUACCUCAACGAGAACCCACUCAGGGCGUUGUAUCUGAUUGCGACCAACGGGACUCCAGAACUUCAGAACCCAGAGAAACUGUCCUCAGUCUUCAGAGACUUCCUCACCUGCUGCCUGGAGAUGGAUGUGGAGAAGAGAGGGAGCGCUAAAGACCUACUACAGCACCAGUUCCUAAAGGUGGCCAAGCCUUUAUCCAGUCUGACUCCUCUCAUCCUGGCAGCCAAAGAAGCAGCUAAGGCUAACCGCUAACCUGCUAGCUGCUAGCCCCACAGAUCACCCCUUCCUUUGUGCUUUUCUCUCUCUCUCUCGCUCUCCCCCACUGGGGCAAACAAGACCCCUCCUCUCCCCUCUGGAUCCAGACAGGGGCUGUUUCAGGGAGUCCCAUCCCCCUCAACCCCUUAACCUAUCACGUUGACUGUGGGAAGGACGCUCUUACUGAUGUCAUCGCUGGUACAAAUACACUGAUCGGAUUGGAGGAGAGAUCCAGGUCCAAAGACUCAUUAGAGUUGUAGUUUCAGCAGGACAGUGGCUGUGGACUGGAUCUGAUAUGACCUUUGAACUGUUUGUUUGUUUAUGUCUGACUGUUAUUUUCAUGUGUUGAAAAAGUGCAUUUUAGUUUGAUCUUUUCUUAGGUGUUUUGUUUUGGGGAGAAGGGUUUGGUUGAUUAGUGUAAUGAAGAGACACAAAGUGGUACUGUUGAUUUUUAGGAGUCCCAAACAGCACCCUACAUAGUGCACUACUUUUGUCAAAAAAUAGGGUGUCAUUUGGGACAGAGCCUUUCAGUCUGAUCAAAUGUUGUAACUCUAUCUCCUUAUCUCUACUUAUCUUUCUUUCUCUCUCUAUCUUUCUAUCUGAGUGAGAUGACACGCAUGACAAACCUUUUUUAUGGAAUGUUUAAAAUCAUAAUACAAUUUGUGAUGAUGAUGAUGAUGGUACAUGAAGGAUGCCUGUGUACAAUACAGUAUAGAAGAACAUAUCUAAAUCCUAUUUUUUGAGUACAAUCGCUACGGUACAAUGUUGGAUUGAUCCUAGUCCCAACCCUCUGAAGAUAGUAUGUACAUUACAUGUGAAAAAACAGCUCUAAAAAAACAACCUAAAACAACCAGAAAAAUAUUGUCUGCAUUCUUUAUUCAGAUGGAGCUGAAGAAUACCAAGGUACCAAUAAGAAGUAUACUUUUUACCAGGAGGUUUGGGUUUGGCUUAGUUCCGUUCUUGAAAUGUAGUGUUAAAACUACCUUCAGCCUUAAACAGUCUCACAGGUGGAAGACUUCUAACAGACAGUUGGACAACCUCUAGUCUCUCUCACCAGACUCCGAGUGCUCUGCACGCUCCUGCAGCUGAGAGAAGAGACUACACAACCUUCAAAUCUUGUCAGUUCCCCAGACUACUGUAGCCCACCUGAGGUUAGACAGGUUUAGAACUGGGAUAGACUGGGUUGAACUGGUUAAAAACUGGUUCAAACUGGUUUAGACUGGUUUGGGACAGGUUAAGACCAGUUCAGAUAAGGGUGGUGAUAGUUAUUGAAGUCUUCUCUUCCUGUCUAUUGCAGCCAAAAUUAUGAUGUUUAUAAAAGUCUUGGAUUAUUUUGAAUGAGACAAAUAAAGUGAAGAAAAAGCUGUAUUGUG